AUGCUCUCAUCUUUCCUAUCUCGCACCUUCGCUAAUGAGUCAGUAAUGGCCAAUUUGCGCGAAUCUAUUCAAAAGAUUGCUCUUGAUUUUCCACAGAAGAACUUCCAAGAGCAUUACAAGAGAUGGGCUGAUAACAUGUACACAGAAGGCACUGGAAUCAAGGACCCAAAGAAGUUUGACGAGUUCCUCAAGAUUACAAAGUCGGAUAUUGAGGCCCUUAAACGCCAGGUUGUCAUCCAGAAGAUGUACUUGGAGUAA